CAUUUUAGUCAGAUGGACCAACCGGAAGUGUUUUUCUCAGAACCUCUGGUGUACAUGUGCAACAACUGGCUGCUGCAAAAUUGUGAAUCUAACAUAAUUUCGAGAGUUGUGACGUGAUUACAUAAUCUUAAAAUUGAAGCAAUGAAUCCUGUCAUUCGCAAGUUACAGGCUUCCUUCGUACUUCAUUCACGUGCGUUGGACCACGCAGGAUUGUUAUUCGGGGCAUCACUAUCAGUGCAACAUCCGAUUCAGGGGUGUCUGUCUUUUUCCAAUGAGAGACAAUACAGGACCAUGCCUACUCAUGGGAUUGGCAAAUAUAAGCACCUGUUACCCAAAGAAGCGCCAAAGAAAAAGAAAGAGAGACAGCAGAUGAAGCAGAUCAAAAUGGCUACAUAUACAGAGUACGGGACUCUGAACGUGAACGUGUCUGGGUAUGACAUGAUCCUAGUAGAGCACUACUCCCAGUACGUCCAUAAUCUCUGCAACCGGCUAGGCGUCAAAGUGGCUGAGAGCUAUGCAUUGCCCACUAAGAGCACGGAAGUCAUGGUCAUGCCAGAGCAAGGGACCAAGAUGUAUGUAGAUGCCAUCCUCAAGACCCAUGAGCGAAUUGUUCAGCUCAGCCAACUAAACGCCACAUUAUGCCCCACCUUUAUGGAGGUCCUGUUAAAGAAUCAGCCAGAGGGGAUUCAACUCUCUGUAAAGCCGCACACAGAGGCAGAUUACCAAGCCCGUUUCAAGGCGCGUCCAGAGCUAGAGGGACUGAUGGCACAGAUUACCUAGUGAGAGGAAAAACACUGUCCACCCCACUCUUUUACCUCAACUGUCAUCUACUUUGUCACAUUUGAAUCUGUGGAUGCCUAUGCGUCUUUUUUUACUCACAAUAGUGUUGUUGUUUCUUGCAAUCAUGACGUGUACACAUUGUAAAUUAAUUGUGGGUGAAUGUAGGACAUUAUACAAAAGCAGAAGAGCAUACGUACAUCCAGGUAGUUUUUGCAGGUGCUAGAGUUGUAGGUUAAUUCAUUAAAAAUAAAAAUGCCGCACACUGCUG